ACCCCGGACGGGCUGAUCUUCCCCGACCGCGCCACGCUCUACGUGACGGCCAUCGAGGACAGGCAGUACAAGGACUACAAAAUCCACUGGUGGGAGAACGUUUACGGGUUCGACAUGUCGUGCAUCAAGGACGUGGCCAUCAAGGAGCCCCUGGUGGACGUGGUGGAUCCCAAGCAGUUGGUGACCAACGCUUGUCUCAUCAAGGAAGUGGACAUCUACACGGUGAAGGUGGAGGAGCUGACGUUCACGGCCCCGUUCUGCCUGCAGGUGAAGCGCAACGAUUACGUGCACGCGCUGGUGGCGUACUUCAACAUCGAGUUCACGCGCUGCCACAAGCGCACCGGCUUCUCCACCAGCCCAGAAUCCCCGUACACACACUGGAAGCAGACUGUGUUUUACAUGGAGGAAUACCUGACGGUGAAGAGCGGAGAGGAAAUUUUCGGCACCAUCACCAUGAAACCCAACGCCAAGAACAACCGCGACCUGGAUUUCACCAUCGACCUGGACUUCAAGGGGCAGCUCUGUGAACUCUCCUGCUCCACCGACUACCGCAUGCGUUAGGGACCCCAAAAUCCCCCAAACCCACCCCAAAAAUCCGCCCCAAAACCCCCCAAAAAUCCCCUAAAAAUCCCCCCCAAAAUCCCCCAAAAAUUCCCGGAAAUUUAAAAAAAAUUUAAAAAAAAAUGAAAUUUCGGGGGCGCUGCAGUUCCGCCAUUUCGCCACCAGGGGGCGGCAAAAGCGCGGCGGAAAUUCGGAAUUUUGGGGGAAUUUGGGACCCAAAUUUUGGGUUUU